AUGCCUAUCAUCACCCGAUCUCGUAAUAAGGCUCAGCUUCCAUUCCAGCAUCCUACCUCUGGUGUCGCCGACGCCGUGAAGAAGGCUUCUAUUGUGACCACUCAAGUGAAUACGAAGAAGCGCGAUCACGACAGUGACAACGAAGCCUAUGAUGUACCACCCGCCAAAAAGAAGGCAAAAGCAAGAACAAAACCGAAGGCGGUCGCUACUGUCGUGCCAGAAGCUCCCAAAGCCUCACAGACUCCCAUAGUAACCCAGAAGGUAGCUGCCAAAUCAAGACCAAAGAUGACGAAGACGGAGAGAGAGAAGAAGCGUGUCAAGGAUUGGCAAUCAGCUCCACCCGAGGAGUAUGCCAAAGCCCGUAAGCGUGCGCUCACACAGAGAAUGUUCGUGAUCGAGCGUGAGAGGACAGGCACUGAGGAUGUACCGGAGGAACGGGUGGAACUCGCAGGCUCAACAGGCAAUAUCUACAAGGUCUACAUAAGGGAAGUGCCCUUCUGCAACUGUCCACAAGGCCGGAUGGGCAAGUUCUGCAAACACAUCAUCUAUGUGCUCACACAGGUUCUCAAAGCUCCACCUGAACUGGAGUAUCAGUACUCUUUCUUGGCCUCUGAGCUUCAUGCCAUUUUCAACGGUGCUCCUCUUCCUAUCGACACUAUUGAUGAGAGUCACGAUGGAAAUCGCAAAGCGAUUGAAGACGACUGUCCCAUUUGCUGCUUCGAGAUGGAACAGGAGAAGGAGCCCGUUACUUGGUGUCAAGCUGCGUGUGGCAACAACAUGCACAAGUCCUGUUUCGACAAAUGGGCUGCAACAAAGAGAGCCAGUGGUAGCAAGGUCACUUGUCCUUAUUGCCGCAGUGAAUGGCAGGACUCGGCUGUACCUCAAGGCCCAAUGAGAAAGCUCGCGAACGGGGGUGUCAAAGGCAGGGACGGAUAUCGAAACAUUGGGGCAGCAUUAGGACUGCCUAGCAAACGGAAUUACUCGAGUGCGAAUGACGAGGUCAGAGAUGCGAAUGAGCUGUUCGAAGCGGGUGAGGCAGGUCAGCCUUGA